AUGAGUUACCAUUCUGCUGAUCUUGAGUUAGUUAUGGGGUCACAAGCACAGCCAAAAUGUCCUGAAAAACAAGAAGGUGCUACUGUGGAUGAAGACUGUGGUGGGGGCCUUCUUGAAAACAAACUCAGUGUGGCAGACUUCAUGAAAAUACAGCAAGUCUUCCAGUCCUCAGAGCCCAGGGAAUCCAUCUACAUGUCCAAAGAAGAAUUUGUGCAGAGUAUGACAGAGACUGUUGGUUGGGGCGCAAAGGAUGAAUAUGGGGAGCUCUUUGACAAGGUGGAUGUGACCCAGGAUGGCUUCAUUGAUUGGGAAAAGCUGACUUCAUUCCUACUGCUAUUACUUUAUGAGAAGGAUGAACGAGCCAAGGCGAUGGUGGUUCCUCAGUGGAAGGACCUUGAAUUCCUCCCAGGGAAGCACAAGGACACCAUUCAGAAAGUGGUUUUCUUAAAAAGUUCAAGUCGCUAUCUGACAAUCAGUAAAGAAGGUUUGCUGGGAUUCUGGGGCGAGAACUUAAAGCUCCAAGAAACAUUUCCUAUCACUUCAGAUGCCAUCAAACUUAAACACCUAUGGGUGACCAGUCUGGUGUCUCUGGAAAAUGUCAACAAGAUAGCAGUGGCUUUUACCAGUAAAGAAAUUUGUUUCUAUGAUCUGCUCUCCAAAGAAGAAUUUUCUUGUCAAUACAAACUCCAAGGCCUGACAGGAACACCAAUUUGCAUGGAUUAUUGGUACAAUCCUCUCAAUGGCAAUGAAUCAAUUCUUUCUUUUGGAGAUAUAACUGGAAAGGUUCAAGCGAUUGCUUUCACAGCAGCCUUGAUUUCACUGUUUGAACGACCUGCUAGUGCAUGUAAUGGUGAAGAUGCCACAAUGACUAUUGACUGGGCAGAGUUGCAGUCUGGAUGUCACAAGUGUUGCCAUGUAUUAAAGCACAACCUUCAUCGUGGAGACUGGGUCAGGAAAGUUACCUAUAAUGCAUACUUAGAUGCUCUUAUUUCCAGUACAACCAGCAAUUCAAAUACUGUGGUGCUGGCUUGGAGGGAGAAAUCAAAAAAGCAUCUUAAAAUGACAUCCUUCAACAUUGCCCAGGGCAUUCAUGCUUUUGAUUACCACUCUCGGCUCAAUUUAAUUGCCACUGCUGGAAUUGAUAAUAAAGUUUGCCUCUGGAACCCUUAUGUUGCUUCUAAGCCAGUUGGUGUCCUUUGGGGUCACUCAGCCAGUGUAAUAGCGGUCCAGUUCUUUGCUGAAAGAAAGCAACUUUUCAGCUUCUCCAGAGAUAAAGUUUUGAGACUCUGGGAUAUUCAGCACCAGCUGUCCAUCCAAAGGAUAGCUUGUUCUUUCCCCAAAGGUCAGGACUACAGGUGCCUUUUCCACUUUGAUGAAGCCCAUGGGCGACUCUUCAUCUCAUUCACUAAUCAACUGGCCAUGCUGGCCAUGGAAAGUGAAGUGGGCAGGAGGGUGAAAAGCCAUGCAAAAGCAGUCACUUGUGUUCUUUACAGUUCAUUCCUGAAGCAGGUAAUCAGCUCUGACUCAGGGUCUACUGUUUCCUUCUGGAUGAUAGACACUGGGCAGAAAAUCAAACAGUUUACCAGUUGCCAUGGCAACAUGGAAAUCAGCACCAUGGCCCUUGGUGCAAAUGAGACCCGGCUUUUGACUGGCAGCACAGAUGGGACUGUAAAGGUCUGGGACUUUAAUGGAUAUUGUCAUCACACACUAAAGGUUGGGCAAGAUGGAGUUGUGGAUAUUUCACAGAUCUUGGUUCUUAAGAAGACAAUACUGGUUACAGGUUGGGAGAGAACUAUCACUGUGUUUCGGCCCCAGAACUUCAAUCAAUUUUUCAUCCAGGCUGAAGAAUGGAAAGGGGAUGUUCAUCACCAUGAUGAUAUCUUGUGUGCUGCAUUUUUACCUCCACAAACUCUUGCUACUGGGAGUUAUGAUGGAGAAAUAAUUCUGUGGAAUAACAGCACAGAAAAUGCUCACCAUGUCCUUCACCCUGACUACCAGAGGCAGCUAAGAACAAAAUUGGAUCCCGAGGCUCACCACCUCAGUGCUGAGAGGAGCUGCUUCACCCACCUCACGACAGACCAGACUACUCCAGCUGCCUAUAAUCUAGAGACUGAUACAGAGGGUAAUAAUGCUGUUUUGAGGCUUCGCUUCCUUGAAACAAGAAAAAAUACUGCAGCAACUGGAGGUGCUAACUUGGUGUCAUGUGGAGGAUCUGGCUAUGUGAGGUUCUGGGAUACAUUUAAGAAAACACUUCUAGCUGAAUUCUUGGCUCAUGUUGGCGUGGGGUCCAUUAUUAUGUGUAUCGAUAAACUGAAUCGAUACCUUGCCACAGGAGAUUCUGAUGGAUGGUUGAAAAUCUGGAAUAUAGAGGAGUACUGCCUUUAUUCCAGCAAGGACAAAAUCAGCCAGACUCCAACUCUACUAAGGUCAUUCCAGCCUCAUGAGGACCGGAUAAGUUCCUUGGAGAUGUGUGUAUCUGGUGGCCACUUGCUGGUCCUCUCUUCCUCCGCAGACUGUAGCAUCUGUGUCACUGGGCUUGGCAGUGCACCUGCUUUGACCUUUGGUCAGUCAAAGCAUUGGCAUAUUGAAGACUGUUUUUCUCAUCCUAAAAAAGAUACAACAUUAAUGGACAGUGAGAUGCAAGAGGAAAGAAUGAAGGUAAAAGCUUCCUUUUCUGAAGAAUACUCUUGUGUAGACCCAACAGAAUACUCCCUGUUUAAUGAGGAAAAUAAAGACAACUCAGCAUACAUUGUCAGACCAUCAGACAAAUUGAAUAUAUGUAUGAAACAUAAGGAGAGAAAAAUCUAUAAGAAAAAAACACAUGAACUUCCCCAUGGUGAAAUUAUGCAAAAAUCUGCCAAUGCUUUUAGAUUCUUAGCAAUCGGAACACUGAAAGAGCUGCCCGAAGUUCAUAAACCUGCCUUUCUCAUAGAUCCUGAGAAAUACUUUAACGAUGAGCCACAAAAGGAGGAUCCCCAAAUUCCAGAGCUUCCUUUGCUUUCUGAAACUUUGAAAGCUGUAUUUGAUGAGAGAAACCUGUUCUCUAAAGAAAUUUUGGAUCGUGAAAGAAAAGCCAAGCAAUUAUGUCAGGAAACAAGUAGUGAUGUGAAGAGAAGAAAUAAGAAGUAA